AUGGCUAGUUGGAAUGAGAAACUGAUUAAAGCUGCUCGUGAAGGAAGUUUAACAUAUUUGAAACUUUCCUUUGAAAAGGGAGCUAAUUUGGAAUACAGAGAUGAAAAUGCAUAUACACCAUUAUUGAAUUCAGUCUACUACGGACACCUAGAGACAGUCCAAUACCUUGUUUCUGUAGGCUGUAACAAAGAAUCUAAAACAAAGAUUGGAAACACACCAUUAUUGCUUGCAGUACAGGAAGGACACCUGGAGACAGUCCAAUACCUUGUUUCAAUAGGAUCUACACCACUGUCGCUUGCUGUAGAGAAAGGACAUCUGGGUAUUGUCAAGUACCUUGUCAGCGUUGGAUGUAAAAGAGAAGCACGAACCAAUGUAAUUAUAGAUAUUAUUUUCUCAGUCUGA